ACUGCGGCACCGGGGAGCGCUGCCCGGUUCAGGCGUGGAAGAGAUAUUCCCGUGGUCUCUUGAAGGUGUACAUGCUGAGCAAGAGGAAGAGCCCUUCGUUGCCCCAGUCACGUGUGGAGCUGAGAGCAGGAGCAGCUUUGACCUGCUGAGCAGGAUGGACCAAUACUCAGACUCUUCACUUUCCAGAAUAUUUACUGGGUAUGAUGAUCCUGAGAGCAAUGAAGUGUACGAAGAUGAACUUUAUCUCGAGGAGUCAUCCAGUGAGGAGAGUGUUGAUAGUGAGGUGGAGUUUCAUCUCUAUAGCCAGAUCCACUAUUCCCAGGAUCUUGGAGAAGUCAGCACGCUGGAAAUGGAUGAAGAAGCUGAUGCUGGAGAAGUCAUGGGUGAAAGUUCAGGUCUAGCUGAGAAACAGGGUGAAGAUGAGAACCUCACUGAGCUCACUGAUGGUGGCACUCAGCUUUCAGAUGAGCCCGAGGUCAUUGUCCUGUCUGACACCCCAGAGGAAGAGAGCAUCUACAAAAGCAAGGCAAAGAAGUCAAGAUGCUCCUCCUCAGUCCCGGGUAAAACACACACCCGCCCGGUGUCCUCCACGCCAAAUCACACCAAAGCUGCUGGAUGUAGCGCCCCGUGCCUCCCUGAACCUGGUGUGGGCACACCAAGGAAGAGAAGCAGCCCUGGUGGGAGGCCUGCCCCAGUCCUUUCUGCUGGACCUGAAGGCCCCCAGGACGUGCUGGUGAUAGACAACAGCUCGGAGGAGGAGGGGAGCCUGAUGUCUGACGGCGAGGACAUCGAGAGCUGGAUGCUCCUGGGAGCUGGUGCUGAUGACACGGAUGGAGACAUCAUGCUGAACCUCGAGGGCUGUGCCUCUCCUGCCACGAAAGGAGAAAUUGAUGUGAACUGGUCCAUCUCUCAUAAAGACUUAGAGGCACAGAUCUCCAACUACGCGGGCGUGAGGCACAGCGGCACGCGGUACUACAGAGCGGACAAAAACGUUACUUGUAGGAACUGCCACAGACCAGGACAUUUGUCCAAGAACUGCCCCACUCCAAAGAAACUUCCCCCGUGCUGUCUGUGUGCAGGAAGAGACCAUCUGCAGCACAGCUGCCCAGCACGUUUCUGCCUGAACUGCUGCUUGCCCGGGCACUAUUUCAGGGAAUGCCUGGAGAGAGCCUACUGGAACAAGCACUGCAACCGCUGCGACAUGAAGGGCCACUAUGCUGAUGCUUGCCCAGAAAUAUGGAGGCAGUAUCACCUAACAACCAAGCCAGGACCCAUCCAGGCGGCCGGCUCGCCCUCGGAGCGCGUGGUCUCCACCUACUGCUACAACUGCUCCCGCCAGGGACACCUCGGAUACGAGUGCUCAGAGAAGAGGAUGCAGGGGAACAUGUUCCCCACUUCUCCCUUCGUCUACUACUACGAUGAUGAGUGCGACAUCAGAAAGAGAGCCAACAGGUUAAAAAGAAAGGUGGCAGACCUCCAGGAAGCUGGCCUCCUGCCGGAACAGCCUGAAACACCCUUGCAGGAGGAGCAGCUCGAGGUGCCCAGCCGCAAGAAAAAGAGCAAACUCUGGAAAGAGCAGCAGGGGAAGCCCCGCAGGAGCAGUGAGCAGCAGAAGAAGAUGAUGAAGGUGAAGAUGAUGAAGAAGAAAGGCCAGGAGGAGAGGCAGAGGAGGGCAGCUGGAGUCCACGGGGACCCUGAGGAUUUCCCUCGGGGGCCCAAGCAGCAGGGCUGCAAGGGCAGCAGGGCCCGCCGCAGGGCCCUGCUCCGGGCACCCCCAGCCUGCAAGGCCUUGAGCAUGCAGCAGCCCCCAAAAGGUGCCAAAGGGAAGAAAAAAUGGAAAAAGCAGAAAAUUGCCAGUCCUGACAGCAGGGACAAUCUGUUCCUUAUAAAACAGAGGAAGAAGUCCAAGCAGAAAUCCUGGUGAUGGCAGGUAGCACUGGCAUUCCCUGCUCUGGCUCUGCCUUCUCUUUACUCCUGUCCCUCUCUUGGCACAUGAACUGGAGUCUGUCCCUGUCCCGGCAUGCUGGGCACCUUCUGACCACCCACCCUGUCCAUCUCCACAGCCACAGGGACCACUCCAUCUCUGUGAGCCACCCCUGGCAGGCAGCACCCAGAGCUCCUGCCACGGGGGUCUACAAUACGCUGUACGCUUAUUUUCCUUG